UUUAUCAAGUCUGUUUGUGCAGGGGGAGGCUGUCCGCCCCGUCUGGGAGGAGUUAUUUGCCUGAUCACAAGAGGAGAAAAACUACUCGGCAGUUAGUGUGAUUGGCACACCAUUGUUGAAGGCUGUAGCUCUAGAGACGGUGUUCAGCAAACCCUUUGGUCAAAUAUGGCACUGACACCCCAAAAACACUCAAUUCCUUUGGGUGAUGGAAACACCAUACCUUUGAUUGGACUGGGUACCUAUUCGAAUCCUCAAAACACUCCCAAAGGAACCGCCUUGGCAGCUGUCAAACGGGCCAUUGAGGUAGGAUACAGACACAUUGAUGGAGCCUUGAUCUACUGCAAUGAAGACGAAGUGGGUCAAGCAAUCCGAGAGAAAAUUGCAGAUGGCACUGUAAAGAGAGAGGACAUCUUCUACUGUGGAAAGUUGUGGAACACAUUCCAUCCCCCUGAGUUGGCACGACCUGCUUUGGAGAAAACCCUGCAGGAAUUACAGCUGGAUUAUGUGGACUUGUACAUUAUAGAAAUGCCCACUGCUUUCAGGCCAGGAGAUACGUUCUACCCACAAGAUGAGAAUGGGAAGUGUGCUUAUCACAAGUCAGACCUCUGUGCUACAUGGGAGGCUAUGGAAGCUUGUAAGGACGCUGGGCUGGCAAAGUCAAUCGGCGUGUCCAACUUCAACAAGCGCCAGCUGGAGCUGAUCCUUAACAAACCUGGACUGAAACAUAAACCAGUCAUAAACCAGGUUGAAUGUCACCCAUAUUUCACCCAGCCAAAGUUGCGUGAAUACUGUCGGGAGAAGAACAUCGUGAUUGUUGGUUACAGCCCACUUGGGACAAAUAGGGAUCCAUCGUGGGUAAACUUAGAAUGUCCCCCGAUGUUAGAAGACAAGCUUCUGACCUCAAUUGCCCAAAAGUACAAAAAGACCACAGCGCAGGUGUGCCUUAGGUUCAACAUGCAGAGAGGAGUGGUGGUCAUCCCAAAGAGCUUCAACCUUGAUCGCAUAAAGGACAACUUCCAGGUUUUCGACUUCUCUCUGUCAGAGGAGGAGAUUAAGGCAAUCGAGGGGCUGAACAAGAACAUUCGCUUUGUGGUACUCCCCUUUUGGGCUGAUCAUCCAGAGUACCCCUUUCAUGAGGAAUACUGACAUCCCGGACAUUGAAUAAAAAUAUUCAAAGCAGGAUUAUUGAUUUCUAAUUGAUUCAGCUUUACUUGGGGAUAUUUUUUUCUUGCACAGUCAACACACGAUUCCUCGUUCCCACUUUGCAAAUAUAUAUUUUCUGGAGCUCUUGCAUAAUUCAAGAGGUUCAAAAAUGAUAACCGAGAAAAACUAUGUUUAUCUUCCAUUGUAGUGAUGUUUUUUUCAUUUAUUGAGGCAAAUGGUCUUACAAAAUGCCCAAAUCUCACAAAUGUAUUAUUUAAGUCUUUAUUUGUAAUUUGGAUCCGGUGUGGGAGAUAACCUUGUGAGAAUCCAAUUCUUCUCUUUAACUUGGAAAAAGAAAUGUACAAAUAAAUCAAUAAAAGCCAAAAACAAAUGCAGCAUCCAAAUACAUGACGUACCAAUCAUGUAUUUACAUGAUACAUGUAAAUACACAUUUAUGCAAGACACACGGGACGCUUCACACAACUUUAUUGUAGAUUGUGUAUAAAUACACAUGCACAAUUCAAAUGUAAACCCAAGUGAACUCAAGUGCAGCCAAACCUGGAAACCCCCAUACAUCAUCAUGCAAGAACAUCUGAGUAAUUUUUACAAAACAAAACAAAAAGUCCCAAAAACAACAGGGAAAAAAAAAAAAAAAAAUCCUUUUUUAAAAAAAUAUUCCCUCCCUGGACAAGACUUUGCAAACUAUUGUAUAACUGAAUGCCCCGACUCGUCCGGGUCUUGCCAAGGUUUUAAAUAUAUUGUCUGUUCAUUAUUAAAUGCUUACAUAUAAAUAAAUAAACUUUAUCAAAUGUGCACUCACAGAGUGAACUCUUCUGUACAAUAUCAUAUAAGCCUAUUGAAGCCAACGCGUCUCACUCAGUCCGGAUGGGGUGAGUCGUCCUAAAGGACAGA